GCGACGCCGCGAGGGGAGCUCGAGCUGCGGCGCCGCUGAGAGGGGCGGCCUCCGCCGCCGCCAGCGCUCCCGUCUUGUCUCCUCCCCCCAAAUAUGGCAGCGGCAGGCGGCGGCGGUGGCGGUGGCGGUGGCGGCGGCGGCGGCGGCGAGAGCGGCCGCCGCACCGUGUUUCUGUUCGACCGGCGCGAAGAGAAGUCCGAGGUCGGGGAGCGCGCGCUGCACUUGGACGAGGGCGGCGGCUUCUCGAGCUUCCGCGGUGCCGUCUGUCAGGCACUUGGGAUUUCAUCUGGGGAGAAGUUUGUUAUUACAACAACAAAUAGAAAAGAAAUUACUGUUGAUAACUUCAAUGAAAAUGUUCAAGACGGGGUCACUCUGUACUUACUUCAGUCAGUCAAUCAGUUACUGCUUUCCGCAACAAAGGAACGAAUUGACUUCUUACCACACUAUGACACAUUGGUUAAAAGUGGCAUGUAUGAAUAUUAUGCCAGUGAAGGACAAAAUCCCUUACCAUUUGCCCUCGCAGAAUUGAUUGAUAACUCACUCUCUGCUACUUCACGUAAUACUGGUAUUCGAAGUAUUCACAUCAAAUUGCUUUUCGAUGAAUCACAAGGAAAACCUGCAGUUGCAGUUAUUGAUAAUGGAAGAGGAAUGACCUCUAAGCAGCUUAACAACUGGGCUGUAUAUAGGUUGUCCAAGUUUACAAGAAAAGGUGACUUUGAAAGUGAUCAUUCCGGAUAUGUACGUCCAUUACCAGUGCCUCGUAGUUUAAAUAGUGAUAUUUCAUAUUUUGGUGUUGGGGGCAAACAAGCUGUUUUCUUUGUUGGACAGUCAGCCAGAAUGAUUAGCAAACCUUCAGAUUCUCAAGAUGUUCAUGAGCUCGUCCUCUCUAAAGAGGAUUUUGAAAAGAAGGAGAAAAAUAAAGAAGCAAUAUAUAGUGGAUAUAUUAGAAACCGGAAGCCCUCAGAUUCUGCUCACAUCACAAAUGAUGAUGAAAGGUUUCUACACAGUCUUAUUCUUGAGGAGAGAGAAAAAGAUAGUUUUACUGCAGUGGUUAUUACAGGAGUGCAACCAGAACACAUACAGUACUUGAAAAAUUAUUUUCAUCUUUGGACGAGACAAUUAGCACAUAUUUAUCAUUACUAUAUUCAUGGACCAAAAGGAAAUGAAACACAUGCUGCAACAAAAGAAGUUGGACCAUUCAACAACAUUGAUAUGGAAAUUUCUAUGUUUGAAAAAGGGAAAGUACCUAAGAUUAUCAACCUUAGAGAGAUCAAAGAUGACAUGCAGACUUUAUAUAUAAAUACGGCAUCAGAUAGUUUUGAGUUCAAGUCCCACGUAGAAGGAGAAGGUGUGGUUGAAGGAAUCAUUCGUUAUCAUCCUUUCUUAUAUGAUAAAGAGACUUAUCCUGAUGAUCCCUGUUUUCCAUCAAAAUUGAAAGAUGAUGAUGAUGAUGAUGACUGUUUUAUAGUAGAAAAAGGAGCAAGAGGGAAAAGACCCAUUUUUGAAUGUUUUUGGAAUGGAAGAUUAAUACCCUACACAAGUGUGGAAGACUUUGACUGGUGUGCUCCUCCUAAGAAGCGAGGCCUUGCACCAAUUGAAUGCUACAAUAGAAUUUCUGGUGCAUUAUUCACUAAUGAUAAAUUUCAGGUCAGCACAAAUAAACUGACUUUUAUGGAUCUGGAACUAAAGCUGAAAGAUAAGAACACUCUUUUUACAAGGAUUUUUAAUGGACAGGAGCAGCGAAUGAAAAUUGACAGAGAAUUUGCUUUGUGGUUGAAAGACUGUCAUGAGAAGUAUGACAAACAAAUAAAAUUUACACUCUUUAAAGGAAUAAUUACACGGACAGACCUUCCUUCUAAAAGAAUGCAAAGUCCAUGGGCUACAUACUCUGCAAUAGAAUGGGAUGGAAAGACAUACAAAGCAGGGCAGUUGGUUAAGACAACCAAGACACUUCCACUCUUUUAUGGAAGCAUAGUAAAAUUUUUUCUUUAUGGUGAUCACGAUGGAGAUGUAUAUGCUACAGGAGGGGAGGUUCAGAUUGCAAUGGAGCCUCAAGCUUUAUAUGAUGAAAUUAAAACUGUUCCUAUCACGAAGCUUGACAGGACAGUAGCUGAGAAAACUGUCAAAAAAUAUGUAGAAGACGAAAUGGCAAGACUUCCAGAUCGUUUAUCUGUAACUUGGCCUGAAGGAGACGAAUUGUUACCAAAUGAAGUCAAGCCUGCUGGGACCCCUAUUGGUGCUUUAAGAAUCGAAAUACUGAAUAAGAAAGGGGAAGCUAUGCAAAAGCUCCCUGGUACAAGUCAUGGAGGAUCAAAGAAACUACUAGUUGAGCUGAAGGUUAUUUUACAUUCUUCAAGUGGGAAUAAAGAAAUAAUUUCUCAUAUCAGCCAGCAUGGGGGCAAAUGGCCUUACUGGUUCAAGAAAAUGGAAAAUAUUCAAAAAUUGGGCAAUUACACAUUAAAAUUGCAAGUUGUAUUGAAUGAAAGUAAUGCAGACACGUAUGCUGGCCGGCCAUUGCCAUCAAAAACAUUUAAAUUUUCUGUCAAAGAGGGUAAACCAGAGAAAUUUUCAGUGGGCCUUCUGGAUCCUCCAUUUCGUGUUGGAGUCCCAUUCAGUAUUCCCCUGGAGUUGCAGGAUGAAUUUGGUCAUACUACUCAACUGGUAACUGAUAUUAAGCCAGUUCUUGAAGCAAGUGGCUUAUCUUUACAAUAUGAAGACAUAAGCAAAGGACCAAAUUGUGUAAUUAGGGGUGUUACUGCUAAAGGCCAUGUCAGCUCUUAUCAAGGCAAGAACUUUAGUCUGAAGGUUAUUCUACCAGGUUUGAAAGAAGAAUCUCAGAUUUUGAAAAUUAGAUUACUUCCUGGCCCUCCUCAUCAAUUGAAAGUGAAACCAGAUUCUGAUUUUCUUGUCAUUGAAAAUGGAACAGCGUUCCCAUUCCAGGUAGAAGUUUUAGAUGAAUCAGGAAAUAUCACAGCGCAGCCCAAAUUGAUUGUUCAUUGUAAGUUUUUAGGUGCUCCAAACCUUCCUGUCUACAGUGUGGAUUGUAGUAAUGCUGGAACUAGUAUUUUAACUGGACCUGCAUUUCAUGUGCAGAAUAUAAAGAAAGACCACAUACUCAAAGCAAGGAUUGAAAUACCAAGUUGUAAAGAUGUGCCAGCUGUAGAGAAGACUAUUAGAUUGCUCCCCAGUAGCCGUGUUGCAAAAUUGCAGAUAUUCAGUGUAGAAGGACAGAAGGCAAUUCAGAUCAAACACCAGGAUGAGAUCAACUGGAUAGCUGGAGAUGUCAUGCAUAAUCUCAUCUUCCAAAUGUAUGAUGAAGGAGAAAGAGAAAUUAUUUUAACGCCUGCAUUAGCUGAAAAAAUUAAGGUUAAUUGGACACCUGAGAUUAAUAAGGAACAGUUGCUGCAGGGUUUGCUACCUGAUGUACAAGUACCAACAUCUGUGAAAGAUAUGAGAUAUUGCCAGGUUUCGUUUCAAGAUGAUCAUGUGUCUUUGGAGAGUGCAUUUACUGUAAGACCACUGCCUGAUGAACCAAAACAACUUAAAUGCAAGUUAAAAGGAGGAAAAACAAUACAAAUGGGUCAAGAACUCCAAGGAGAAAUAGAGGUAAUAAUUACAGACCAGUAUGGAAAUCAGAUACAAACAUUCACAUCAAGUUGUUUAACUUCUUUGGGAAUUUCUGGAAAUGGACUUGAUAAAUCCAGUUUGAAAAUUACUUGGCAGGACAGCACACAGACUAUAAUUAUAAAAGGCAUAAAAUUUAGCCCAGGUCCUCCUGGAAACAAGGAGCUCUGCUUUGCAUGGCGUGAGUUUUCAGACUUUCUCCGGGUACAGCUAAUUUCAGGACCACCAGCUAAACUUCUCCUGGUAAACUGGCCAGAGUUAACAGAGCCUAUUCCAGUGAUAAAUGGAAAAGAAUUACCAAACCCCCUUACAAUUCAGCUUUGUGAUCAGUGGGAAAAUCCUUCCCCAGUACCACUAGUUAAAAUAAGUCUUGUGAAAGCAGCCAUCUUAAAACUUAGCCCUUCAAAUCAGCAGCAUAAAACUGAUGACAGUGGCAGGGCUGAUUUGGGAGUUUUUACUGUUUCUGCCCCUAGGGGAGAACAUACUAUACAGGUUAAAGCAACCUACAACAAGAAUUCCCUAGAAGGACCUACAAUUAGGCUAAUGGUUCUUCCAGACCCUGAAAAGCCAGUGCGUUUGAAUGUCAAAUACGAUAAAGACGUUUCUUUUUCAGCAGGAGAUAUUUUUACUGAUUUCAUGGUUAGUGUUAUUUCUGAAGAUGAGAGUAUCAUUAAGAAUAUUAAUCCCACACGGAUUUCUAUGAAAAUGUGGAAACUCUCAGGCAGUGGAAACCGACAACCAGCCAAUGUAGAAACAUUUAAUUGUAGUAAAAUAAAGGAUAAUGACAAGGAAGAGGGCUUCUUUUAUUUCAGGGAUAAAGUGAUUCCAAACAAAGUGGGCAGUUACUGCAUCCAGUUUGCUUUUAUGGUCGACAAAUCUUCUGUUCUCAACAGUGAUCAGAUUUUAGUUGAUGUCAUACCUAAUGAACCAGUCAAGUUAGUUCCUGAAUGUCUGCCAUCUACCCCGGCUGUUUCUAAUGUUCCACCUAUUGCCAAUAGGACCUUAGUCAAAGACCUGUGCCUUAACAUCGUGGAUGAACACAAUAAUCGCACUGGAACUAAUUUGAUUGGCAAGAUAAUUGCUAAAAUUAAAAGUUCUAAUGAUGAAGAUACUGAGAUUCCACUUUUUAAUGGGAAAGUUAGAGUGGUUGAAUUUCCAUUUAUCAAGGGAUCAGCUGAAAUCAAGGAUCUAGUACUGGCAGAAAAUAGCCCUGGAAGGGACAGUGCUGAGUAUUUUAUUGUUUUUGAACCUCAACUACCAGCUUUAUCAAGAGCAUUGGAACCAUACCGUCUACCAUUUAUGUUUUAUAAUGACUUUAGGAAGCAGCAGCAGAUGGCAACACUUACAAAAGAGAGAGACCAGCUGUCUCAGUCCAUUGUUCUGUACCGAAAUUUAUUUGAUGCCAGCCAUCAGCUUAUUAAUGAAAUGAAAUGCCAAGCCCAAGAAGCAGGGUCAAAAGAAGUCCAUUUGAGAAAUGAGCUAAAAAAACAUCAUAUAAACAUUCCAACACCACCACAGCUGUCUCAUAUUGAUAUGCUUCUGAAACAAAAGUUAUCAGAACAAGAGGGACUAAAGAAGCAACCUAGGAGAUCAUGUACUCUUCCAAACUGCCCUAAAGGCAAUCCAGACAUUUUAGGAAAGAUUGCACACUUGGCACAGAUUGAAGAUGAUGAAGCUGCAAAGGUUAUUUCUUGGCAUUUGGCAAGUGACAUGGACUGCGUGGUUACUCUGACCACUGAUGCUGCACGUAGAAUCUUUGAUGAAACUCAGGGUCGACAACAGGUGUUGCCACUUGAUUCUAUUUAUAAGAAGACUCUUCCAGAUUGGAACAGGCCUCUUCCUCAUUUACGAAAUGGAAAAAAUUAUUUCAGACCUAUUGGUAAUCCAGUAUUUGCCAGAGAUUUGUUAACAUUUCCAGACAAUACAGAUCAUUGUCAAACAGUGUUUGGGAUGCUAUUAGGAGAUACCAUCAUUUUGGACAAUUUGGACGCUGCCAACCAUUAUAGAAAAGAGGUUGUUAAAAUCACCCACUGUCCUACUUUGCUAACACGAGAAGGUGAUCGAAUUCGCAGUAAUGGAAAAUUUGGAGGCCUACAAAAUAAAGCUCCUCCAAUGGACAAACUUCGAGGGAUGGUAUUUGGUGCCCCACUUCCAAGACUCUAUCAGACCCUGGGUGUCCACAUAGAUCUUCUUCAGCAAUAUCGUUCAGCAGUGUGCAAACUCAAUAGUGUGACUAAGGAACUUAAUGCUCAAAUAGACUACCUUAAUACUCCAGAUAUGCAGAAGAAAAAACAGGAGCUUAGUGAACAGGAGAAAAAUCUGGAACGAAUAGAACAGAAACUAGGUAUGACUCCAACAGGUAAAUGUGAAUUAGUCCGUCAGGCAGCUAAACUCAAUAUGUCAGACAGCCCAAUCCCACCUAAAAGAAUGAGACGGGAAGCAACAAAAAAACUAAAUCGGCUCAUAACCAAAUCAGAUGUGUGAAAGUUGACAGAGGGACUGUUGGUCUCACUAAGAAUGCACUCACUUCUGCAGCUCUGCUUCAGGAGACCAAGAGGGUGACUUACCAGACUGAAUAUUUCUGGGGACAAUUCAAGUACCAAGGACAUGAAUUUCCAUGUCUGUCCAGAUGGGGCUGGAAGCAUCCAUUCAAAAGAGGGAAUUUCGUUGGACAGUGUGGUCUUACUGGAAGUAUCCCAGUCAUCUUAUAGCUCAUUUGUGAUAUAUUGCAAAUGUGUCAAAGGAGACUGUUAGGUCUACACUUCGCAAAUGUGGCAGUGAUUAUAAACCUGACACAAGGCAAUUUUUCAUCCUGAAGAAAAUACAUGCUGAAUUCCAGUAUAAUUACCAUGGAUGUUGUGGAGAGAUGUUUAAUGAUGACAGACGUUUUGAAAAACUGGACUAGUUUGAACUUAAUGAAAAUGUUUCAGCUAUUGUGAACUAGGGAAUUUACUCCAGAGAUAAGGUUGUUGUAAGGUAUGAGAGGAAACCGUUAAUGCAGAGUUCAGGGUAAGAAUGUAAAUCCACAGGUGUUUGGUAAUUCAAAUGUUAUGAUGCUUCAGAAAAACCAUAAAAGUGACCACAGUGCACAUGCAACAUGGUAGUGUUUUAAAUUCUAGCUGCUUAUCCUAAUAUGUACAGUAUGUGCAGUGUGCGCAAUUUUUUAUAAGGAAUCAUUUGACUUGAUGCUUGUUUUUAUAAAUUCUCAGCCUUAAUGCUACAUUAACAUUGUUUUUGUAAUUUUUGUUACUCUUUUUUAAAAGGUCAGGGAAAGUAAAAUUCCGCAUUCAUGCAAUAAAUUACUGUUUUAAAAAACCAUUGCUGAAACAUUUAGAAUGUGUUGUCCAGCUAGUAUGUAACAGUAUAUGGAAUCUUUGUCCACAAAAGCAUUUUUCAAGUAAAAUCAGCUGUUUUGUGUAUUUAUCAGGAGUUAUUUCAGGGGACAUUUAUGCAUCCCAGCAAAUGUGUGGUUUUCUACCUUUCUGAACAUGCAGCAAAAUGAGAAACAAUUAUGUUUUCUCUCUUUUGAACAGGUACUGUUUGUUUUAAAAAAAUAAAAAUUUGAGAUCACCAAGUCAUUGUGGUUAGAACCAUUGUGAGAUGACUUAUUCUAUUCUUGUUUAAGCUGGUAAUAUUAAACAACUCUUACUAUUAAAAUUAUUUAACUGUUUAAGUUAAAUUUACAUAUCAGUACAGCAAUAAUAGAGAAAUAUUCAACCUUUGUUAUAGUUUUGUUCCUUUGAUGUUAGAAAAAUCUAAAAACUGUCAAGAAGAAUAAGCAUAUUAUUGCUUAUGACCAACAUAAAUUUUAGGAGCUAUUUCCCUAAAAUCUGAAGGUUGUUGCUUUUCAUCAUUUCCAGGUUCUCCUACCUGUAACUAUGUGCUAUAUCAUAAUAUCUAAAACAAACAAAAAAACCUUUUAAAGUUUCUUUAGAAAUUACCCCAUGGUCACCUAAAAUUUUGUUUGAGAAGUAUAAAAAGGUAUUGUAUGUCAUCAGUAUGGGGAGUUAAAUAUUGCUGAAAAACAUUAGAUUUUAUUAAUCCUUCCAAUACCAAACAAAUCUAAAGCUUUAUUGCAUUUUUUUAAUUAAUGAAAAAAUGAUAUCUCAAUGGUCAUGCAAGACUUGAUUGUUAAGAUUUACCUUCAGUCAAGAAAGAUCUCAUUCUUUUCCAGCGGCAUUUGCUGGGGGAGAGAGGGAAGAGUGUUUCUGUCCCUUUUGCAUUUAAAUGUAACUGAAAGUCAUAUUGUGUGUAAGUAUUAAGACACUGUAUACUAUGUUCUAAACUUGUAAAAAAAAGAAAAGUAGAAAUGAUUUUAUUUAUAUUGCACCAGAACCAAUAAUAGAAAUUUGGCUUAAUUAUGGGAAAAUAAGCAGAAGCACAAGGAUUUUAUUUCUAUCAAUUAAAAGUCUUAAGUUCUCGUUCUUCUUUUAAGUUGUUCUUCUUUUGUAAAGAAGAAAACUGGCAGAAGUGAAUACUUUAAAGAUAGCAUUCACACUGCACUUUUAAUACCCAUCCAGACCAAUGAAUAUUUAUCAUAAUAUUUGUCCUAAUAAACCUAACAUCUGUCAUAAGUACAAUAAAGAAAAGUGGACCAAUAUUUUUUGAAUAUCAAAAUGAAGAUUCUUAGUAGUAAAAUGUGUGGAUUUUGGAAACAAGAACUUGUUCUGUUCUCUUUAGUUAAAGAUAAACUUCUGGUGCAUAUUUGCCGUUAUUAACCUUCCAUCACUUCUUUUGCAUAUUACUUUGGGUAUGUAUUUUUGUGCAGCUUUACAGUAAAUUUGUACUUGUAAAAUUGAAAUUAUAUUUAUUUAAUUUUCAUUAAAAGAAUUCAAUAUUCUAAAGAAUAUUACCAUCUGUUUAGCAAUUGCUGUACAGAUUGUUAGUAAGAGGGGAAUAUUUGGUUUUUAAAAUUAUGUGGGUUUAUGUUUAAUUGCUAUUUAAAUAUUAGUACCCCAAAUAAUAAGACAUUUCCAUUUUAUACUUUUAGCCCCUUUGUGACCUGGUCACACAGUCACUAAGAAACAAAACAAAAGAAAAAUAAUUAUAUUUUUAGUACAUAAUUUUGAAAGGCUAAUGCUUUAAGUACAGUGUUUGAAAUCUGUGUAAUUUUGUAUCAAAGUGUCAUUAAUGCUUACUUUGUGGGUAUGAUAGUUGUACUCCAUAUAUUUCACUUGUUAAAUAUUUUCAUGCAAAAAAGAGAAAUCUUCGUUACAUAUAUAAUCAUUUAUAAAGAUUCUUGUUUUUGCCUAUA